GUCAUUGAAUGCCGUGCGGCUGUUGCGUGGGACAAGAAUCAACCUCUCGUCAUCGAAAAAAUUAAGGUUGAUCCGCCAAAAGCUGGUGAGGUUAGAAUCAAGGUUAUUUCAACCGGUCUCUGCCACACUGAUGCUUACACUCUAAGCGGACAAGAUCCUGAAGGCGUGUUUCCCGUAAUUUUGGGUCAUGAAGGGGCUGGAAUCGUGGAGUCAGUUGGCGAGGGUGUGACAUCCGUCGCCGUUGGCGAUCACGUCAUCCCUCUGUACAUUCCCCAGUGUAGGAACUGCAAGUUUUGCAAAUCUAAGAAGACCAACCUAUGUUCCGUCAUAAGAGAUACACAAGGCAGAGGUCUUAUGCCUGAUGGAACUUCGCGUUUUUCUUGUCGUGGACAGAAGAUCUUUCACUUUAUGGGAUGUAGCACUCUGAGCGAAUACACGGUUGUCUGCGAAAUCUCCGUCUGCAAAGUUAAUACUGCUGCACCCUUGGACAUUAUAGGAUUACUUGGAUGCGGCAUUAGUACAGGCUAUGGAGCUGCCCUAAAUACUGCAGGUGUUGAAGCUGGCAGCAACUGUGCAGUCUGGGGGCUGGGAGCCGUCGGCCUAGCCGUGAUCAUGGGAUGCAAGGAGGCCGGUGCCAAGCGUAUCAUUGCCAUUGACACCAAUCCCGGCAGAUUUAAACAGGCUCUGGCUUUUGGCGCCACCGAGUGCAUCAAUCCAACCGAGAUUAAGGACAAGACUUUACCGCAGUUUCUCAUUGAAAAAACCGAUGGUGGUCUCGAUUACACCUUUGAGUGCGUUGGCAAUGUGAAAGUAAUGCGCGACGCUCUGGAAUCCUGCCACAAAGGUUGGGGCGUCUCAACAAUUGUGGGCGUUGCCGCGGCCGGACAGGAGAUCUCAACUCGACCCUUCCAGCUGGUUACUGGACGCGUGUGGAAGGGUUCUGCCUUUGGUGGCUGGAAGUCGCGUGAUUGUGUACCCCAGCUGGUUGAAAAAUGUAUGUCGGGGAAGCUGAAGGUGCGGGAAUUUAUCACCGACACAAUUCCACUGGACCAAGUGAACACCGGUUUUGAGUGGUUGCACAGCGGUAAAAGGUACGUCCUGUUCACGACUGGCAUUUUCUUCACUGACUUUUAUCCACCGCCCAAGCAAGUCAGCGGCCACAACCGCCGUAUAAGGACAAAAGAUGCCAAAGCACCAGAAGGGUUUAUAGCAAUGUUUAUUUAG